CUCAUUGAUGUACAUUGUUUUGGUCGGGAGUUCAGGGAGUUGGAGAUUCAGGGUGAUAUUGCGGCUAUUUUCGCAAAAUAUCGCAUUUGAUUAUUAUUUCAGGCAUUAUUUUUCCACUUCUUUGUUAAAAAAUUCAUUGAAAGGCUAAAUGUCGUGCUCGACUUGUUCUGCCAAGUUUGGCUUCAUGAAAAAAGAAGUUGGUUGUCCAGGAUGUGGUUUUUCGUUCUGCAGCAGGUGCCUCAAGUUUGAAGCAGUAGGCAUGAAAUCGCUGGUCUGCAAGAACUGCAGUGAGAAGUCGAAGAACAAACCUCUGGCUAGGCCUCCACCUGACAUUUUCCUCAAGAGACUCGAAAACUUAGAAGAUCCAUCAAGGCCUCCGGUCACCGUGUACGCCCAUCAGAUGCCAGCGGCCUUGCAAAAUCUAAGCCAGCCAAACAAAAAUCCUGCCGAGGCUCCGUCUGAGAUUGAGCUCAGAGGUCGUCUCCAGAAGUUAAGGCAAAGGCUGACAGCUGCUCCUUCCGUAGAAGAAAUUGAAGAGAGGCUUGCCAAACUGCAGGGAAUGCACCACGCCCCAAAGCACCAUUCGUUUGACGUCUCAUCUCUGCCAAGUAAAAGUGGUGAGGAGCAAACCCGAGAUUUGAUUAAACAGAUGGAGGAAGAAGCAGCUCUGAAGAAAAGCUACGAGACCAGCUGGCAGGCUGACAUCGAGUCUCGUUUGGCGAGACUGAAAGCUGGAUCAGAUCCUCUAUCCGAAGAUGUGAAAAUGGAGGAAGAGGCAGCUGCAGAGGACCCCUCUGAUCCUGAGGCUCUGAUUAAGAAAAUUCAAUCUGAAGGCGGUGCAAAGACAGAGGAAAUCGAUGACGAAGAAGAAUUGGAAAUAGUCAAUAAGAUUGUUGCAAAGAUUGCAUUGAAGGAAAAACUGAGAGUUGAUGAUUCGGAAGUUUCCGACGAAGAAGUGAUCAGUGAUCACGUUUCGGAGGAGGUGCCUUGGUGCUGCAUCUGCAACGAAGAUGCUACCCUGAGAUGUCCCGGCUGUGCUGGCGACUUGUACUGCGGUCGUUGUUUUAAAGAGGGCCACGAUGUUUGUGAUAUGAACGAACACAAGCCAGUCAAGUACGAUCCGCCCAAAGUCGAAGACAUGAUAUAACCAUCUUACCACAUUCUAAAAUUAUAAAAUAUUCAUAGUCGCUGAAACUGUCCAAUUAUUUUUGCUAUUUAUGUGGCUUUCCGAGCACCACAAAUUACAGAGCCAAUAAUUAUAACAAUUUAUAAUGGAUUAUUUGGAAAGGCUGUUUUAAUUGUUAUUUUCUAUGAUUUUAAAUUUUUAGCUUUAUUCUAAAGUAAUGCUUGGAUUUCUUAUGCACCUGAACGAUAUAUUAUGAUCGUAUUGCUUCGAAUGGAAAUCACUGUGUGCACCGUAAUUACAGUAAAAAUAUAUAGUUCAAAAGAAAAUAUAAUUAUUUUAAAACUUU